GUCCCUAAGUAUGUUUUGGAAUAUCAAAUGCACAUAACCUAAAAUAUCUUUAAAUCUUUUAUAAAAUAACCUUUUAGUAAAUUAUUAUUGUGAUAAAAUGAAGGAAGUAUUUUUAUCGAAUUGUGAAAAAAGUUUUAUUCAAAAGAUUAUAUCAGAGGGUCAUAGAUUGGAUGGUAGAAAUUAUAAUGAUAGUCGUCAAUUAAAUAUAUCAUUUGGUUCUCAAUAUGGAAGUUGUAUCGUCUCCCUCGGUGAAACCAAAAUAUUAUCACAAGUGUCAUGUGAAGUUGUGCAACCAAAACAAAUAAGGCCUAAUGAAGGUAUUUUAUACAUAAAUGUUGAAAUCAGCCCAAUGGCUGCGCCCCAGUUUGAGGCUAACCGUCAAACAGAUCUCACAGUUUACCUCAACCGAUUAUUAGAAAAGUGCUACAAAGAUUCUAAAUGUAUAGACCUAGAAUCAUUAUGUAUAGUUGUUGAAGAAAAGGUUUGGUCACUGAGAGUCGAUAUAAAAGUAUUAAAUCAUGAUGGCAACCUCAUAGAAUGUGCUAGUAUAGCCACAUUAGCUUCAUUAGCUCACUUUAAGCGUCCAGAUGUUACACGCAGUGGGGAGAAAGUUAUCAUACACACAUUAGCAGAGAAGGAUCCAAUACCAACGGUGUUAUAUCAUUAUCCAGUGUGCUCAACAUUUGCUAUAUUUAAUAAUAACAUACUUAUAUCAGAUCCAAGUUUUAUUGAAGAAUCUGUGUGUGCAAGUAAUUCAGAGGAGGGAAAUAUAAGUGGGGGUUUGCUGGUGGUUGGCAUGAACCAAUACAAGGAGUUAUGUUUAUUAAAUCUCACCGGGGCUGCAAUAUAUAACUCAAGUAUUGUGCAUCGAGCAACUCUCAGCGCUGCUGACAAGUGUAAAAGUAUUGUUGAUUUAGUAAAGAAGACAAUAAUAAGUGAUGACAAUUUAAGACAAAAAAGAGUAAAAAUAAAUUUUGGCGACAUCAUAACAAGUGAUCACGUGCAGUCAUUGAGCAGAAAAGAUCUCAGUAUUUGUCUUAAGAACUUUGAUCAUAAUGUUAAGUCAUUACCAAAGGAUGAAGAAAUGAUGGAUGAUCAAUCCGACGUAGAAAUAGAGCCCAGUAAAUAUGACGUUGUUCCAUCAUUACCUCAAACAGCGGAAAUAAAAGCAAAAAAGGGUGCUUCAAACUGGAUAGAAAUAUCAUCAGACUCCGAGGAAGACUGAAAAUCAUACACAAGUUUGUCAAAUUAGUUAUAAUAAAAAAUUACAUUUUAUAUAUUAGUGCUAAUAAAAUUUCUCUUAACAGUA